CACAGGAUGGAUAACAGCUGCUUAUGAUUAGAAGAAGCGAAAGUUAAAGUGGUUGGUUGUCCUGAACGAGUUCCUGAAGCAGUUUUGUAAUUCCGGUGUAUCUCAGUGUUUUCCGUUACUUGCCCACUUUGAGCAUUUCUUGAGGUAAAGAAUAAUGUGUGAUUAUAGGUGGAAUGGGUUUUGUGCUCCUUUGCACUGCUCAUUUCAUGAAAUUACACUAUUUUGAAAUUGAUUGUGGAAGACAUUACCAUUGUCAAUCUAUGAAACAGUACCAGCAGGAAGAUGGCCGAAAAGGGCCUUUGAAUGGAUUAGGGUUGGAAUGUGAAAUAAAUGAGCCACCAACAGCUAAGGUUGGAACACGCAAAUGGCGAUAUCAUCAAGGGCGGAAUCAAUUUUGGUGCGAUGGUCGCAUCAUUAUGGCACGACAAAGUUCCAUUUUUCUCUUCACUUUGAUGGUUAUCACUGCAACGAUGGGUCUAUUUUUCGUCUUUGACGCACCGUAUCUAUUUUGGAACGUUUCACCGGCUGUUCCAAUAAUUGCGGGAAUAUUAUUGUGCCUUGUGCUAGUUAAUUUAUUAAAAACAUCAUUUUCUGAUCCGGGAAUAUUACCGAAGGCCACAAAUUUGGAAGCUAUUGAGAUUGACCGACAUAAUGUUGCAGAAAGCAGUUAUAUGUCGGAAGGAGUGCGAGCACCACCACGAACCAAAGCAAUACGCAUUAACGGGCAACUUAUCAAAUUGAAAUAUUGCUUCACUUGUCGGUUAUUUCGCCCACCGCGUUCUUCUCAUUGUUCCGUAUGCGACAACUGCAUCUUAAACUUCGACCAUCACUGUCCAUGGGUUGGCAAUUGUAUUGGAAAACGAAAUUAUCGUCACUUCUAUUUUUUUAUUGUAUCACUCACUGUGCUGACGUUAUUUAUAUUUGCAUGUGUAUGUCUUCAUCUUGUCAUUCUGUCACAAAGGGAGAAUGCGUUCCUGGGGGCAGUAAGACAAAGUCCUGCAUCGCUUAUAAUUGCUUUGGUAUGUUUUUUCUCCAUUUGGUCAAUAUUUGGUCUUUCCGGUUUCCACACAUAUCUCCUGUUAACGAAUCAAACAACAAACGAAGAUAUCAAAGGAACAUUUAAUUCGAAACGAUUACCACAUAUAAAAAAUCCAUAUACUGCUGGUUCUGUAUUUUCCAAUUGCUUUCGAACACUAUGUGCUCCUGAAUCUCCCAGCUUAAUUGAUCGAAGAGGUAUUGUUGAGCCUGAACCGACUGUGAUAGUGAAGAACUAUGGUGCAGCAAAUGGCUUAGAGCUACGAUCAUACGAAAUUGUUUUAGGAAAAGAUUCGGCGCAUAAUUAACGUCUAUGCCGCGCUUCUGUAUAUCAAUGCUUUGCUACAAACUUCUUGGUGUUUUUGUUGAUUUAUUAUGAAGCUAAAUUCGCAGGCCAUCUCAGAGCCUAAAUUUCAAAGGAAAUUUUUGCAUUUACCAAGGAAAAUAGGAGAUUUCUACAUUUUUCCAACUGAUAUUUCCCA